AGAGGCGUGUGCUGCUUUCAGUGUGCGUCGCAGCUGCAGGUUUAGUCCCUCCCCGGUCCACAGAGCUGCGGGCUCGGGCUGCUAAAUGCAUCAGAGGGACGAUGGUGGAGGGCUGGUAAACAUGGCGGCGCUCUCUGAGGAUGGGAGGUACGGAUUAAAUUGUGGCCAACAAAGCACAGACAGAGUCACCGUUUUACACGUCAAAUUGACCGAAACAGCACUAAGAGCCAUUGAGAGCUACCAAAACUGCACGAAUGUACCUUCCUCACGGCCAACGAUACAAUUCAAGGGGCUCCAAGGGCGUAUUAAAAUCCCCAAAACAGAUCCCUCAUCAGAGACGUCACACAGUUUUGAUUUCUACCUGUCCAACGUGGGCAAGGACAACCCACAGGGAAGCUUUGAUUGCAUCCGUCAGUUUGUGUCCAGCUCGGGGGCCUCGCACCUGGCAUUGUUGGCAGCCGUGCAGGACAAACUCACAGUCUGUGCCACCAAUGAUUCCUACCAGGUGACCCGCGAUCGCAUGACCCAGGCUGUGGAGGACACACGUGAACGUGGGACCAAAGUCAUCAAGCCUGGCGGCCAGUACAGAGGGAAGCAAGUACAAAUUCGUAAGCCGCUGCUAGCAUCACAGGAGGUGGUGCCUGAGAGGAAGAGGUCGACGCCCAUCAACCCUGCCAACACUAUCCGCAAGUGCCUUUCCAACAACCCUGUAUCUCAGAAGCCUUUUCGGGAUCGCAUCGUCCACCUGCUGGCGCUGAGGUCCUACAAAAAGUUAGAGGUUCUGGCCCGCCUGCAGCGCGAUGGCAUCAACCAGAAGGACAGGAACUCUCUGGGCUCCACUCUGCAGCAGGUGGCGAACCUUAAUCCCAAAGACAACACGUAUUCUUUGAAAGACUUUAUCUACCGUGAUGUCCAGCGGGACUGGCCGGGCUACUCCGACGACGAGAAGACUCAGGUGGACCGUAUCCUGGCUCGUAAGUUUGGUAUUCCCACGGAGGCGCCUUUGUCAAAUGGUUCUCCCAAAGACAACAUCCCGUCUCCACCCUUGAAGCGGCAGGCGGACUUUGACUUUAUUGAUCCCCUGGCUCCCAAAAAAGCUAGAAUCUCCCACCUGAACAACCGAGGCCCGGCUAUGCCAUUGUCCUCGGACCGCCGCGAGGAUGAAGGCGCUCCGAGUACCAAAAGAUCGUCUCUCCCCUCUGCCACCUCGGGCCCUCCUACCCACCUCCCCGUUUCCUCCCACCCCCCAGCCCCUUCUCACCAGCAGCCAAGCCCAGCCUCUAACUCCAACUCCCCCAGCACCCCAGAGGGCUGCGGCACCCAGGACCUGCCGGUGGAUCAGAGCUCCUCGUGCAGGGACUCCUCACCCAGCCCCUUCUCUGAGCGGCCCCUGCAGGAGAACUAUCCCAAACCAGCUGCCUCCCCCAGCCCUCCACCCAGCAAUUCUACUGCGGUCGCCAGUCCUCCCACGUCCAGCAUCAGCAAGAAGGUCAAGAAGAAAUCCAAAAAGCACAAAGAGAAAGAUCGAGAGAGAGACAAAGUCAAACGGACGGUAGAAAUCAGCACCAGUCCUCCGUCUGCAGCGGAGAAGAUGGAGGACAGUCAUAAAGCCAAAAAAAGAAGGGAUGGGCCAGAGGAAGGAGAAGUGAUCAACAGGAAUCCUCAGAAAAUCGUCAAUCAAGAAAAGGAAAAGCCUCUACAAUCCAGUGAAUUCUCUUCGACUCCAGAGGUCCCUGACUACACAUUGAAGUACACUCCGUUGGUGUCCAUGGACCAACGGCAGAGCUACAAGAACGACUUCAAUGCAGAGUAUGAUGAGUACCGUCGUCUUCACGCUCAUGUGGAGAGCAUCACCCGCCGCUUCACCCAGCUGGAUAACCAGUGCAGGAAGAUGGUGCCUGGCACCAAGGAGUAUCAGAAGGUGCAGGAGGAGGUCCUGAAAGAGUACAAGAAGAUGAAACUGCACAGUCCAAACUACCACGUAGAGAAGCAACGUUGCGAGUAUCUGCACAACAAGUUGGCGCACAUCAAGCGUCUCAUCGCUGACUUCGACCAGCGCAGAGCUCCGACCUGGUGCUGAGCGCACGUCAGUAUUGUGUCCGAACCGAGAGGAGAGUCCAGCCGGCUCUUGUUAUUGACUUCACCACAACUGCUGCCUCCCUUUCCUCGACCCUUUAAUUCCACUCUGUGAUUCCGCAGGUUUCAACGCUGCCCUGAAACCUUAUCUCUUGACUCUGCCCUUUUUUUUUCCUUUUUGCUUUUUUUCAUCUCGAGUUCCUGUGAUAUUUCAAACCACUGGACGAGUGGAAGACGAUUUGUGAAGAGGUUUGGAAGGAAAUACUCGUCUUACCUUCUGAAGGACUCAUCAGGCAGGACAAAAAAAGAUUAAAAAAAAAAAAAGUAUUUUGAGCAUCAGAGAAAAUAUAAAAGUGUAUUUAAGUUAAAAAAAAGAGGGAUAUCUAUUUAUUUUGGGACUUUUGUGGAAAAAAGGAGUCCGCAGAUGAUUUAUUCUUUUUUGUUGAAAACGAUGACGAACUAACCGUGGGCCUUAUGUGUUUUGACUUUGUGAAGCCAUUUUGCACACAAGAUCCAUUUGUCCACCGACUUGGCAACAAUGUCUCAGCGUCUCGAUGGAGCCACUAAGACCUCAGCGAAGUGAAACUGAAGUGAGACAAACCCAAUAAUUACUGUGCUAAAGAAGUGGCAAAAAAACGUGUGCGUAAUUGUGGCGGCCUCGUCCAGGGCGGGGAAGCUGGGUCGAGCAAUGCAAACUCCCCCGCGCCGCAAGUAUUUCAAGUCUCUGGUGCCUAAGACAUUCACACUCGUCACAUUAGUCCGCGGGCGAGACGGAGCAACUACAACUGCCUGGCGACAGGUUGUGCGUCUUGUGUUGACAAGCAUGGUGGAAUGAUUGAGUAAAGGAGGGAUGCUCAUCCUGGAAGGUCAAAGUGUGUGUGUGAGUAUGUGUGAGAGAGUGUAUGUGUGUGGAUCAAUGUGAGGAGUGAGAGUUGAAAAGAAAUCAACAAUGGACACAUGCAAAACUUGAAAAAAAAGAUUUAAAAAAAUGCUGCUGUAGUGUUCGACCAGCCGGAGUCCUGGAAUCCAGCGGACUGGACUCAAAAGAUUCCUUAUUUUCAUCAAAACCAGGGUCAUCAUCACCUGGGGACACAUUUACUGAUGUCAUCACACUCUGCUGAGUUAUUCCAGUCUCAGUUGUUUUUCCCCAACAUGGAUCCUGACAAUUCCAUGAGAAAAGAAAACUAUUUAAUUUUGACAAGGGAAGAAUUGUUUACAAACCUGUGUUUCAUCAGAUUUACCUGGAGGAGAAACAGCCGCUCCCCUCUUGGUUUGCAAUUUCAAGCAAAUCCUGGUCAGCUGGGUCAAACCACUGGUCUCUGCAGCAGAUCAGAGGUCCGGCCCGCGCCGGCCAAGAUCACCGUCUCUUACUUCUGAACUUGUGUUGUAACAGUUCAGUCUUUAUUUUUCCUGUGAGUUCUCAAAUGAUGAGAAGUGAUACAGCUUCCAGGGUCGCCCCCCCUUUGCCCUCCUGCAGCCUCCCAGUCGUGGCUGACGCCCGGCCGGUCGGCUCGUGAGUGAUGGGUGAUCAAGAGUCUUAAAGUGUUCCAGCAGUAUUGGUUUUUAAAAACCACUAGAUCAAGCAUCCACGUGGAGUCGAAUGUGAUUCUGCCCAGUUGAAGAUGUACAACAUUUCAAUAAAACAAUCCUUGUUUCACCCGAAUAUCCGCUUCC